UGCCUACAUCUCCCAUAAUGCACCGCACUGUUGUGGUUCCGGGACAACAUGGCAGCGACGGGCUGCGUCUUCCACAGAACCCUGGGCAGGUCCGACGGGAACAAGGCAUCCUCUGCUGUGGUCUGCAGGGAGUCCCUCCAUGUGGUGGCGCUGCAGCGUUACAGCAGAGAUCAGGGUUCUACGGUCUACUUCCCCCAGUCCGUCCUCAGCGGGGACGACCUGUACGACGUCACACUGUCAGAUGGGGACUGCAGACUUCAGGUGAGUCUGGAUCCGGGUCUGAACCGGCUGGUGGAGAAAAACGUCCUGCGGUCCGGACAGACGCUGAGGAACGCCGCCUUCAGCUACACCAUGACCGCCCAGCUCCCAGCAUGCACCGGGGCCUGCAGAGGGACAGACAGCUACAGGAUGGUGAGCGUGGACGUUCCAGGUCCAGGUGAGGACGGAGACGGGAGGACAGCUGUGGACUGGGACUCUCUGCCCUGGUUUGGAUCCUCAGAAGCUACAGCCCCAUUGGUUCCCCUCAGAGCCAAUCGGAGCGUCUUCCUGCCGCUGUGGAACAACGUGGACUACAGCGGACAGGUGUGGAUGGAGGCUCCGCCCACUGAGGAGGAGGAUGAUGAGGAAGAAGAUGGAGAGGAAGGACGUCGUCCAACCGUCACUGUCUCCCGGCUCAGAGACUCCUUCCUGUCUGGUCACCAUAGCGUCACCAGGGGCGCCGUCCAGCAUCAGCUGAUCGUACGCAUCAUCAACAAGUCCUCGCUGAUGUACUAUGGGAGGACGGAUAGGAACUGUGAAUGUCCAUAUAAGUCAGUGUUGGAGUUGUGCGACCAGACAGGAAGUGUGUGUGCCGUGUUGUGGAACAGUGUGUGCGUCAGCUGGUAUCGCCAUCUCAAGCCCGGUGACAUCAUCAGUCUGCGACGCUUCCGAGUCAAGCAGCGUUACCAGGCAGAGCCGGGAGUCAUCGAAAUCAGUGUGAACAGCAGGAACCCAGCAGCUCAGAUAUCCGUCCUCCCAGAAUCCUCUGUUUCACCCGAGUACGUCCCACCAGCAGUCCUCUACAGCUUCUACAACAGUCAGCAGAUCCUGGACCAGCCUCAUGACACGACGUGUGAUGUCAUCGGCGUGCUGACAUUCGUAGGACGGUCUGAGCGAAUCAGGAGUAAGGACGGCAAAGGGACGGAGCUUGUGGAGUAUCGCUGGCUGCGAUUGGAGGACGGUGCCAGUGAUCAGCCAAUCAUGGUGAAGCUCUUCGCUACGUCUCAGCCUGAGACUCACCUGAAGCUCCACCCAGCCUCGGUCCUGGUCGGUACCAGACUGAAGCUGGUCCGGGUCUCGGAGCAGAUGUGCUACCUGACCAACAGCACCUACACGCAGGUGUACUGCUCAGGUCAGGGCCACCACUCCCAGAUGAGCUACCGACGGCUGCGGCCGGUCCGACGCUUCCUGGACUGGCUGAGGACUCAGGAGGACGCCGCCGUGCUGAGCAGGGCUCUGAUUGGAGGAUUCUUCAUGUACCCGCCCCCUCCCGUCUCCAUGGAAACCUACAUGAAAGAGCGCAGAGGUGAGCCGGGCUUCCUGCGAGGGGCGGAGCUUCAGACGGCGCUGGACAGACUCUGUUACCGGGAGCGACGCACCUUCUGUAUCCAGGCAACCGUCACCGUGGUUACCUACAGCCGCCAAGGAGAGGACGAACGCUGCUUGUUCUGGACGGAUCGAUCUCCAUCCCUCUCUCCAUCCUCCUCCUCACCCUCCACCCCCCAGUCCUCCAGACCUUCUCCGUCCUUCAGUUCCUUCAGUCCAGCAUCAGCAUCUUCAGCAGUGAGCCGGUCCACACCUCCAACUCCCAACCGGACAGCAGGGUCUUUUAAAAGGAAGCUGCUGUCGACUGACACUCCAAAGAAGAGAGGUCCAUGGGUCACUCUGCAGCCAGAACACAACACCGACACAGUGAUUCUGUUUGAAGCCUCCAUGGAGUUCCUACAGAGCGUCAACCAAGACGACGAAGACGAUGAUGAGGACGACGAUGCCUCGUCCUUCGUCACCGCCCUCUCCCCACCCACCGUCCCAACCGUCGCCAUGGAGACCUUCCCCAUGUGUUAUGACCACACCCACUGGGAGGAGCAGGCAGCCGCCGUGGUGAUGGGAGGGACGACGACGGCGGGGAAGUUUAACACCGCCAUCGAGGACUACUACACCCUGAAACUGAGAGCUCUGUCUGAUGGGGUUCUGUUCGAUGCCAUCUUCCUACCCCACGCCUGGUCCUCCUGCCCCUGCCCCCUCCAGCUGCCCCACUCCAACACCUGGACCUCCAUCCUGUCACAUGGAGCCUUCUCCUCCCACACACCUCCACCUUCACCAGCUGACCUCAUCGCCAUGGCGGCCCAGUUGACCAAUCAGAGGCUGGUUUGCGUCCUGGAGGCGUGUCACCUGGGCGGAGCCUCCAUGGAGCUGGUCCUGAGCCGAGCGUUCCACCUGGCUGAGUGAUGCAUCCUGGGAGUUUUCCUGUGGCUUAUUUAUUAUUAUUAUUUAUUUUAAAUGCUAUUCUGAUUUGUUGAUGCACUUUAGUAAGUUUGUGUUUAACGGAGUCAUGUUUUCAGUUCAGAAUUUUUGUUGUAAUAUUUCCAGAACAACAUAUAAGAAAGCCUUUGUGAGGCUUUACUGGUCGUAUGAAGAGUUUAGGCUAUAAAAUGUAAAUAAAAGCCUUCUGGAGGGAGUUCAUGUUGAAGGUUUCUCUUCAGACUUCAGGACGUUUUUUUAAAAUGUUUCUACGUUAAAUGAUCUCACAAAUGAACAUUUAUUAUGUUGUUGUUCCCUUUUAUAAGUUUAUACUUUAAAUUAUUCUUAAGUUUUUCCUGAAGUUGUAAAGAAAAAAAACACUUGAACUCUGAGCAAUUCCUGGAUGUUUCAACUGAAAACAUGUUCAAAACGACUAACACCUUCUAUAAAAUGACUCCAGACUCAUCCAAAAUGACAAAAACUUCUCAAAGUGACUCCAGACUCAUCCUAAACGACUAAAACCUUCUAGAAAAUGACUCCAGACUCGUCCUAAACGACUAAAACCUUCUAUAAAGUGAUGUCAGACUCAUUCUAAACAACUAAAACCUUCUCAAUUCCUUUUUGAUUGUUUCCUCGUGUUUCAGAGAAACCUUGCAGCUGUUUUUCUAACCUGUAAACUUUAGAACGAUGAAGGAAUAAAAUGUUCCAAUAAAUUCUCCUUUCUUUGA